ACAGGCUUGGCAGCGAAGCCAAUGUCGCGAAGAUCGACUGCUCUUCGUCCGGAAGCACGCUCUGCAGAAGGUUCAACGUAAAGUCCUACCCCACCAUUUCCUUUGUCAAAGAUCAGUACGUAUACGACCACGUGGGUCAACGCACCAGCGAUGACUUCAUCAAGUUUGUCAGGACUUCUCACAAGGACCGAGAUGCGUAUGAAUUCCCGGCCCCCUAUUCACUGGUAGAGGACAUUCAGAAGGAGCUGCUGUUACUGAUAAAUCGCCUCCCGGAGGAGACUGAGAAAAUGUUGACUCAUGCACCCUUUGUUGGCACGGUCCUGUUCUUCGUUGGUACUAUGUCCGGCUUUGUGAUUGCCAUCUUGAUCUCACUCUGCUGCUUCGGGGACAGCGGUAGCAAAGAGGGCCGCCUCACCGCCGAACAAGCGCGUCUGCUCGUGCAAGAACAGGACCGAACUGUCCUCGAAUCGUCCGCAAAAGGUGGUAAAAAGGGCAAAGCGACUAAGAAAUCAGACAAGAGUGGGGCGGACAGUAAGGCUAAGGCUAAGGAUAGCAUCAGUGAAGGAGAUGACUUUGAGUUGGUAGAGGAAGAGUCGGAUGUGGAUGAGGGACUCGGAGAUGAAGAAGAGACCCAUAACGAGAGUAGUGAUGAGGAUCCCGAGGAUAAGGAGGUUAUUGAAGAGAAGAAAGAUACUAAGAAGGGAAUGAAAGCCGCCGCUGGUGGUGCUAAGAAAGGCAAGAAGAAGAAUGCCUGAGAGGUGUAGAUAAAAGAUGAGGAGUGUGUGGAUGUAUAUGUACGGUAUUUAUACAUAUAUAUAUAUGUAUUCGUAUAUAUUUGAGUAUAUAUGUAUAUAUACACUUCCACAAACACACACACACACAC